ACGUCCAAUUUACGUCGUGUUUUGGUCUGCGUGUAAAUGCGCUGCGGUCCCUUUAAGCGUGACUCCAUUUUCAGUGAAAUUUUUAUCAAAGUUCCUGAAAAACUCAAACGGUCCGAGUUUAUGAAGGCGACGCUUCUGGAUUAGCAUUAACCGAGAAUUACAACAGUUAAAACGACAUUAUCUGCUAGAUUCAUCAUCAUCAUCACAAUCAUCAUCCUUAAUUUUAUUUUUAUCAGCAGCAGGUUUGGAUCGAACCGGAUCAACAUCAACAGACAUGUCGAAUCUGUGUGGCUCUGUGGAUUCCAGGCCUCUGAUGUCCCAGCGCUCUCUGCCCGUCACCCCAGUCUCACACAAACACCUGCCCAUCGACCUGCGCACAUCUAUGGACGGAAAAUACAAGGAGAUCGCUGAGGAGCUGCUGGCCAGGAGCCUGACGGACAGUGACAUGCGCUGCGCUCCGUAUGAGUUUCCUGAAGAAAGCCCCAUCGAGCAACUGGAGGAGAAACGCCACCGUCUGGAGCGGCAGAUCAGUCAAGAUGUCAAGCUUGAGCCCGAGAUUCUGGUGCGAGCCAAACAAGACUUCAUGAAAGUAGAUAGCACAGCCGACCUGGAGUAUCUGAAGGACAGUCAGGAGGAUACAGUCGACUAUCCUUUUAUCGAGCGAGAGACGGUGACGGAGAGAGAGUUUCAGCGGGUGUCCAUCUCAGGAGAAGAAAAGUGUGGGGUUCCGUUCACAGACCUGGUGGACGCCGCCAAGUGUGUGGUGAAGGCUCUGUUCAUCAGAGAGAAGUACAUGAGUCUGUCCCUGCAGAACUUCAGCAGAACCACCGCUCGAUGCCUGCGCGAGCUCAACGAGAGGCCGCUGGACACCAACAUCUACGAGGAGCUACACGAGAGCCCCGUCGACUCCGAUGUGUCCGUUCACCCACCGGUGUCCAAAACACACCCGUACGAGGAGCAGAACCUGCCGUCUGAUCUAGGAUACAGCUGCGCGAUGGUGGACGGAGUUUUCCACGUCUACACCACACAAAACCCUAAGGACAAGAGCACUGAGCUGGACCUGCCGUAUCCGGACCUGCAGGAAUACAUCGCAGACAUGAACGUGAUGAUGGCGCUCAUCAUCAACGGCCCCGUGAAGUCGUUCUGCUAUCGACGGCUCCAGUAUCUGAGCUCCAAAUUUCAGAUGCACGUCCUGCUGAACGAGAUGAAGGAGCUGGCGGCGCAGAAGAAGGUGCCGCACCGAGACUUCUACAACAUCCGCAAGGUGGACACACACAUUCACGCCUCGUCCUGCAUGAACCAGAAGCAUCUGCUGCGCUUCAUCAAACGCGCCAUGAAGAAAUACCCGGACGAGAUCGUGCACAUAGAGAACGGCAGAGGACAGACGCUGAUGGACGUGUUCGAGAACAUGAACCUGACGGCGUACGACCUGAGCGUCGACACACUCGACAUGCACGCGGACAGAAACACCUUCCACCGUUUCGACAAGUUUAACUCCAAAUACAACCCCAUCGGCGAGUCGAUCCUCCGAGAGAUCUUCAUCAAGACCGACAACCACAUACACGGGAAAUACUUCGGACACAUCGUCAAGGAAGUGAUGUCAGACCUGGAGGAGAGUAAAUAUCAGAACGCUGAGCUGCGUCUGUCGGUGUACGGCAGGUCUAUGGACGAGUGGGAUAAACUCGCAAAGUGGGCCGUCACACACUCGGUGUAUUCAGACAACGUGCGCUGGCUCGUGCAGAUCCCACGACUCUUUGAUGUUUACCGCACAAAGAAGCAGCUGAGUAACUUUCAGCAGAUGCUGGAGAACAUCUUCCUGCCGCUGUUUGAGGUCACCAUCAAUCCCAGCAGCCACCCGCAGCUACACCUCUUUUUGCAGCACGUGGUGGGUUUCGACAGCGUUGACGAUGAGUCCAAACCGGAGCAUCACAUCUUCAACCUGGACAGUCCGUCUCCGGCGCGCUGGUGUGACGACGAUAACCCGCCGUACUCGUACUAUCUCUACUACAUGUAUGCUAACAUGACCGUCCUCAACCACCUGCGCAGGAGGCGGGGCUUCCAUACCUUCGUUCUGCGACCUCACUGCGGGGAGGCGGGGCCUAUUCAUCACCUCGUGUCUGGAUUCAUGCUGUCAGAAAACAUCUCACACGGACUGCUGCUCAGGAAGGCUCCGGUGCUGCAGUAUCUGUACUAUCUGGCUCAGGUGGGAAUCGCCAUGUCUCCUCUCAGCAACAACAGUCUGUUCCUGAGUUAUCAUCGUAACCCGCUGCCCGAAUAUCUAUCCCGCGGCCUGAUGGUGUCGCUGUCCACCGAUGACCCGCUGCAGUUCCACUUCACUAAGGAGCCGCUGAUGGAGGAGUACAGUAUCGCCACUCAGGUCUGGAAGCUGAGCUCCUGUGACAUGUGUGAACUGGCCAGAAACAGUGUGUUAAUGAGCGGAUUCUCACACAAGUCUAAGAGUCAUUGGCUGGGUCCUGAUUACACCAAAGAAGGGCCGAUCAGUAACGACAUCCGACGCACAAACGUCCCGGACAUCCGCGUGGCGUAUCGAUACGAGACCAUGUGUGAAGAGCUGCACCUCAUCAUACAGGCCGUCCGGACGCAAGAACUGGACAGCAUCGAGGAGGAGACGCUGUGCUUCACAUCCGCCCAAUCAAUACGCUAGAGACGAACAGUGACUCCGCCUUUACAUUAGAGAUGAGCCUUAGCCCCGCCCACAUGCUUUCCUGUCCUAUCAGCACAAUCUAGAAGAGCCAUGACCCCGCCCAAAUGCUUAACUUGUUUAGUCAGCAUUCUGCAGAUUAGCAUGACCACACCCACAUGCUUACCAGUCUUAUUAGUACACUGCAGAUGAGCAAUGACUCCACCCACACACCAGAGACAAGCCUUGACCCCGCCUAUAUGUUAGCUUGUCCAAUCAGCAUAGUGCAGAUGAGCAAUGACCCCGCCCACCUUACACAAAAACUCAACUCUUGCUGGACACUCAAGUUUCAACCCCGCCCACAUGCUUCCCCAUCCAAUUGAUGCACUGCAAAUUAACUAUGACUCCACCCAUACACUAAUCACAACUAGACCCACCCAAGUUUACCUGUCUACUUAGCACACUGCAAAUGAGCAAUGACUCCGCCCAUGCAGAUAGCCAUGACCCUACCCACAUGCUACAGAAAAACUCAACUCCACCCACAUACUCACUUGCCCAAUCAGCAAGCUGUGAAUAAGCCAUAACCCAUCCCACCUGCUAGACAAGUUUCAACCCCGCCCACAUGCUAUUCCUUCCAAUCAGCUCACUGGAAAUGAGCUAUGGCUCAAUCCAUACACUAGUGAAUACUAGACUCCACCCACAUCCUACACUAUCCAAUCAGCACACUGCAAUUGAGCCGACUCCACACAGACUAGAGAUGAACAUUGACUCCGCCCACAUCCUCAUAUAUCCAAUCAGCACACUGCAAUUAAGCUAUGACUCCACCCACACACUAAAGAGAAGCCUUGACACUGCACACAUGCUCCCCUUUCAAAUCAGCACACUGCAAUUGAGCUCUGACUCCACCCACAGACUGAAGAAAAGCCUCAACCCCGCCCACAUGCUCCUAUAUCCAAUCAGCGAACUAGAAAAGAGCUAAGACUCCACCCAUACACUAGUCAAGACAAGACCCCACCCACAUGCUCCACUAUCUAAUUAGCACACUACAAUUGAGCUCCACACUGACUCCACCCACAUCCUCGCAUGUCCAAUCAGCACACGAGCUAUGACUCCACCCACACACCAAAGACAAGCCUCAACCCCCUCCACAUGCUUCCCUAUCCAGUCAGCACACUACAGGUUAACCAUGACCCAGCCCACACACUAUAAUCGAGUUUUGACUCCACCCACAUGCUCACACAUCCAAUUAGUGUGCUGUUAUUGAGACAAGACCCCACCCAAACAGUUAAGACGAACCACAGCCUACCCACAAACUCUUCCGUCCAAUCAGCAUGCAAGAAAUGAGCCUUGACCCCGUCCACACAAUCCUGGUCAACAUUGCUAGUUUGAAUCGGUGACUCCGCCCACUGGCUCAUCGGAAUAUAAGACUCCACCUACAUUCUCAUUUGAAGUUAUGACUCCGCCCACUAGCUCAUUGGAAGAGCUCUCCCACAUUCUCAUUUGAAACUUUGUUUCCGCCCACUGGCUCAUCCAAAAUAAUGACUCUGCCCACAUUCUAAUGUAAUGCCGUGGCCCCGCCCACACAUUUAUCCGUCCAAUCAGCACCUUCUAGAAGGACCAAAGCCAGAUUCAUCUCAUGUCGCUGCAUGUUUAGAGAUGUUUUAGCUAUGCAUCAGUAUUAUACUACAAGUGUGCGCGCAAAUAACGUUAUACCUCCGCGAGACCUCACACCCCUCACGUGCCUUUUAGAGACUUAUUUUGAAGGUUUACUUUGAGGCGUAAAAAAUAAAAAUAAAAAAAAACAAAUGACACCCUGAAUCUAAAUAAAUAUAAAUUGUAUAGUUUAAAAUAGUAUAUAAGUUUCAAAUAAAAUAUAAAUAAAGAGCAUAAUUAUAUCAGUUACUAUACAUAAUGUUAAAAACAAUAUACACGUCAGUAUAAAAAAUGUUGCACAUGGUUAUAUUAAUAUCAAUAAAUUACGAAGUUUAGCUCUGUGAUGGCACAUUUUUAAGCUAGUUUUAUUUUUCGUUUUAAUUUCUACGUUUUCGUUCGUUAUUACAGCUCACUGUGAACACGUCUAUUAGUUUCUCGUUCAAUUAUUUACUCAAUUUUCUCUUAUUUCGAAGGAUUUGCGUUCUCUGAUGUAUCUGAAAAGCAUUUCUUUAAUGUCCUCCAGUCCUGCGGGAGGCGCUGUUGAGCCUGAUCCUGUUAAAACUCCCAUUUUUGCAGUCUACACAUCUACAUAUCAUUAAUUUACGCACAUUAGAUAAAUUUUAUUGUUUAUUAUUAGUUCGCAUUUCAGAGCCAGCAUGUGUUCGCUAGUUUUAGCGGAACGUUAAACUGACUGUUAAUCUUCGCACAAUAUUAUGAUCACAAAGACUAAAGAAUCACAGCAGACGUGAGCUCGGAAUAGCAUGAUUUAUAGAAAUUAGCACAUUAACCAAGAGCAAAGCAUGACGUACAACACGCUAGCAAGCCAAUGCUCGCAAAUAACAGUACGAAUCUAUUUUUGGCGAGAAUGACGAAUGAGUCUGUCCAGACGAGUGUUGAUUUCAAUAAAGCAUGCGUGUUCAA